AAUAAAGGGGAAAAAGGAGAGACCGACGAAAAAGAACAUAGGGGAGUGAGGAUACCCGGCUGUGACAACAGCUGGCCCUAGAUGCUUGUGGUUGGCUACAGCUGUUUAGGCCUCUGUUGUUGUUGUAGCUUGUCCAUCGUUGCAAGAUUGUUGCAUUUUUGUACGUUAGCUGAAGCUUUCCAGAAACAUGUACUGCUCAGAAACAGCAAAACAAGAGAGAGUAGUUGAUUAAAUAACGUUGGCUGUUGUUAAGGCCGUCUUGGGUAUAGUUUGUAUCAGAAUUUUUUAAUCGGAAAUGUAUUGGGUUUGAGUGUUUAGCUAGCUAUAAUGUGUAAAUUGAAUCGCUUACAGUAACGCCUGUUCCCUCGCUUGCGUUCGCUGUGUAAGUUAGCUACCGUUAGUAAUAGUCGCUGUGGCAAACGUUAGCCGUCGGAGAAACGGAACAAAGUUAUUAUAGUUGCACUUUAUGGAGGAAAAACUCCAGAACCAUUUCAGAACUAGCUCUCCAGUUAGAUGAAUGCUUUGCUGAAUUAUUUUUUUCUGUAGGGAAUUUGUUUGGUUACAAUCAUCAGUCAUAAUGAGAAGGUAACUAGAUAUGGCAAUAGUUGAGUAGACUAAAACAAAGAGAUCAAGUGGUCUCCGAAUGCUAUGGCUUUGUCUAUCCAGUCAGCUAACUUAUAGCUGGAAUGAAUGGGAUAGGAGAGUAUUGGCGUUAGCCUAUACAAUUUCGUCCACUGAAAUUAUUUACGGUUGACUACGUUAACUUCGCUCACUAGUCAGCAAGCAGGAAUUGACAGACAGUUUUAUAGCCAAGAUCGUGUUCUGUGUAAUAGACUGGUAACUAGUACUGUUUGGGUGAGAUGGAAAGCUAACGUUAGCUAUUUAAAAAUCAAUCAAUAACCAUGAAUGUCGACGUUGUUAGGUUUAUUUAAGGUUCAUGUUAACUGACUGUCCCUAUUUUCAUUUGGCUCUUUGUAAGCGUAAACUAACGGUGGGCUACAUAUUAAAUAACUUAGCUAGCUAUCAAUAUAGCUAGGUGACGAAGUAACUAUAAAUUAUUUUGCACCCAUAUUAAAGAAGCAUAUGCCGUGCGGUGAUAAUCUGACCAGAUCAUUGUAACAUGUAGCGACAUAAAAAACCAAUGUCAUUAAAUUGAAAACGUUUUAUUUAUUCCAAUCGAACGCCGAAUCAUAUAGGCACUCAGGUUGAUACAUUAGAUAAAAUACUGUUGCUAUGGCCUACUGUGUGGGCGCACAAACGAGAAUCUUGUUUUGGAGAUAUCUGCAUUUAAUCACCAGCUGUUUUUACAUUGGGACGGUGGGUUGUGUCCAGCACAAUGAAAACGUGUACGUUUCAGGGAUUUCAAACGCCUGCGGAGGCGCGGCGGAGCAGAUCAGGGCGUCGAGCGGGGUCAUCACCAGCCCCGGCUGGCCUUUGGGGUACCCUUCUAGAAUCAACUGCAGCUGGAACAUCCGCGCAAACCCUGGAGAAAUCAUUACCAUCAGCUUUCAGGAUUUCGAUAUCCAGAGCUCUCACAGAUGCGGGUCGGACUGGCUCUCCAUCGGCACGUACAAGAACGCGGACGGCUACCGGGCCUGCGGCUCCUCCAUCCCGGCCCCGUACAUCUCCUCCCAGGACCACGUCUGGAUAAGGUUCCACGCCGACGACGGCCUGACGGCGAAGGGCUUCAGGCUGUCUUACAUAACAGGAAAGACGGAGGAGAUCAGCUGCAAUUCCGACCAGUUCCACUGCGCCAACGGGAAGUGCGUCCCGGACGGCUGGAAGUGCAACGGCAUGGACGAGUGCGGCGACGGCUCGGACGAGGAGCUGUGCGCCCGGCCCGACCCCUCGGCCUCCUUCCCCUUCCAGCCCUGCGCCCGCGACCAGUUCCCCUGCCUGUCCCGCUACACGCGCGCCUACACCUGCCUCCCGGAGUCGCUCCGGUGCGACGGCAGCAUCGACUGCCAGGACCUGGGCGACGAGGUGGACUGCGACGCGGCCGCCUGCGGCGAGCGCCUCCGCACCUUCUACGGCACCUUCAGCUCGCCCAACUACCCCGACUUCUACCCGCCGGGCAGCAACUGCACCUGGCUCAUCGACACGGGCGACCACCGCAGGGUGGUGCUGCGCUUCGCCGACUUCAAGCUGGACGGCACGGGCUACGGCGACUACGUCAAGGUGUACGACGGGCUGGAGGAGGACCCGCGGCGGCUGCUCCGCGUGCUGACGGCCUUCGACGCCCGGGCGCCCGUCGCCGUGGUGUCCUCGUCGGGCCAGCUCCGCGUGCGCUUCCGCGCCGACAAGGUGAACGCGGCGCGCGGCUUCAACGCCACCUACCAGGUGGACGGCUUCUGCCUGCCGUGGGAGGUGCCGUGCGGCGGGAGCUGGGGCUGCUACGCCGAGCCGCAGCGCUGCGACGGCUACUGGCACUGCCCCAACGGGCGCGACGAGGCCAACUGCAGCGCCUGCCAGGCCGACGAGUUCCCCUGCUCGCGCGGCGGCGGCGCCGCCUGCUACCCGCGCUCCGACCGCUGCAACUACCAGAACCGCUGCCCCAACGGCUCGGACGAGAAGAACUGCUUCUCCUGCCAGCCGGGCAACUUCCACUGCCGCAACAACCGCUGCGUGUUCGAGAGCUGGGUGUGCGACGCGCAGGACGACUGCGGCGACGGCAGCGACGAGGAGAGCUGCCCCGUGGCGGUGCCCACGCGCGUCAUCACCGCCGCCGUCAUCGGCAGCCUGGUCUGCGGCCUGCUGCUCGUCAUCGCCCUGGGCUGCACCUGCAAGCUCUACUCCCUCAGGAUGUUCGAGCGCAGGUCCUUCGAAACCCAACUGUCCAGGGUAGAGGCGGAGCUCCUCAGGAGGGAAGCCCCGCCCUCUUACGGUCAGCUGAUAGCUCAGGGUCUGAUCCCACCAGUGGAAGAUUUCCCAGCAUGCUCAGCCAACCAGGUGUCCGUUCUGGAGAACCUGAGGCAAGCCGUACGCUCCCAGCUUGGGUUCGCCUCCAUAAGACUGCCCGGCUCCGGAAGACACCGAAACCUCUGGAGGCGGCUGCUCAACUUCACACGCUCGCGGUGCCGGGGGUCCCUGGCGCUGGUGUCGGCCGACGCCGAGGAGGGGGUGGGCGGGGGCCCUGGGGCCCGAGAGCCGGAGCCCCAUCGGGGCCUACUGCCCCUCGACUCGGACAACACGGACGCGGACGGCAACCGGCGGGAUGUCCCGGGGGCAGUGGGGGGCCCGGUCACGGCGCUGACGCAGAAGACCCCGCCCACGUCGGCCGUGGAGGCCAUCACGACGGCGAGCCGGGAGAGCCCCGCGGCGGGCGGCGGAGAGGGCGGGGUCCCGGAGACCCAACCCACUGGGCGGGGCCAGCUGACCGGCGCCCUCAGCAGGGUGACCCGCGGCCUCCGCUGGGUCCGGGCCUCCCUGGGCCGACCCGGUGCCUCCACCACCGCCGCCGCCGCCAGCGGCCAGAACCACAGCCCCCUCCGGAACCUCGACCCGGACGGCGGGAGCAGGGAGGACGAGGACGACGUGGAGCUGCUCAUCCCUCCCUCCGACGGCGACCCGAACGAGUACUCCCGGCCCCUGCUGGGGGCGGCCCUGGCCCCGCCCCUCGCCGGCCGUGGGGCCCGCCCGCCCAGCCGAGACGGGCCGUGCGAGCACUGCGGCGUGGUGCACACCGCCCAGGUCCCGGACGCCUGCCUGGAGGCUGCGGCUGGAACGGAGACCAGCGACGACGAGCCACUGCUGCCCUGCUAGGCUUCGCGCUUCGCCGAGAGCUCACCGAAGCUCACCGAAGCUCACCAAAGCGUGCCCGCCCUCUCCAGAGCUCCCCGUUUCCAUUUUCAUCUCUUCCACAGGCUUCAGUUGCUUUAAAAUUGAAAUUAUGACUCAGCACCCAGUGUUCAGUAUUGCCGGUAUAUGUAUGCCCCCCAGCAUGAAAAAAUCCUCAGGUUCAGAACCUAGGGGGCUGCUGGGUGGCUCAUCUCGUUAAGGCACUGUUCGACUUUGGGUUUUUAAAACCCGGGUCGUGCCAGUGCCGGCUGUGGCCGGUAGCCAGGGAGGGUGAUGCAAAAUUGGCACUAACCUCACCCAGGGAGGGCAGGGUUCCCGUCGGCCCCUGCUUGUGUGUCUUCCUCCACAAGCACGAACGGCAAACUGCAGUGUGGCGAGAAGCGGCGGGUGACACCAGGUGCUUCGGAGCAUACCGUAUACCUCUCUGCGCUCUCCUAGAAUGACGGUGAGAAUCGCGGCAGUGAGCGCUCAUAUGUACCACUGGGCGUUCCAUACUGGUGAGAGAGAUCUAAAAGAAAAAAAAUUCAGUAUCCCAGCGCACCCAAUCACUUUGCUUUAACCAGAAAGAGGGGUCGUGCCAUUGGCUCUUAACAGAUUGCACAUCUGGUAAGUGUUAUACCUCAGCAGCAGUCCGCUGAAAGUAAAUGAAAUCGAUUUCUGUCCCAGAGCGUCAGUUUUGUCCUCAGACGCACGGUACAUGUAGCGCAAGGGCUGACUAAAGUCACACCUGCUACAGUUCAUUGUUAAAAUUACUUUUUCCCCUUUCAAAGUGAAUUGAGAACAUUGAAAGGAUUCUACAGGAUUCCUAAUGAAUCCCUAAUUGAAUUACUCACCUUUGCAUGGGAAUCUAAUUAGUAGCUUCCCAUAUAAUGGUGGUAUGACUAUUUAAAAUAAACUUUCAUCCCAUGUAUGUCAUGGUACUGAACCAUUUCCUCACUUAAAAUAAUUGGGAGAGAGAUUUAUAUGGAAAAUGAAAUCAGUGAGGGUUGGUUUGCAAAACUUUAUGAUGUCUAACAUCCAGCUGUCUAUUCUGUUUGUUUUGGUACCAUUUUGGUAAUCAGUGUUUUGGUACUGACAGUGUAUAUGUGUGAGUGUAUAUUUAUAUUGAGUUUGGUAGAUUGUUCAUAAGCAUGUUACAUUGUCUUGUGUUUUUGUUAAGUGAUACUGGAAAUGUAAAUCUGUAAAAAAAAAAAUGAUAAUAAAUAAAUGAAUGAAAGCAA